AUGGAGGAAAGUAGUAAUCAUCAAAGAGAAACCAAAGAUAUUAACGAAAGAAUUACUUUGAAUGUUGGAGGCAUUAAAUAUGUGACUUAUAUAUCAACACUUACACAAUAUCCAAAUACACUCUUAGGCACAAUGUUUCAAGAGAGAAAUAAAAGUCUUUUAAAACCAACUGAUAAUGACAAUGAAUAUUUUUUUGAUAGAAAUGGAAGAGCUUUUCAUUAUAUAAUGGAAUAUUACCGUACAGGUAAAUAUUUAUGGGAUCCAUUUGAUCAUAGCCGGAAAGCGGACAAUUUUAAUAUAUCACGAAUGGAAGUUGAAAAUGAAUUGGAUUAUUUUCAAAUACCUUUUCCAAAUCAAAGAUUGCGUGAAAUUGGUUUAAAACAUAGGAAAUUUAUUGAUGAUAUUAUAAACGUUUUAGAAGAACCAAUUUACAAGUCAUUGGAAAAUCUUGAAACAUCUAUUUCUUUUGAGUUUUCAAAGGAUAAUAAGAUUUGUAUUUCCGAUCUUGAAACUGGAGUUAAUAUUAAUAAUUGUUAUAAGGGUCUUCGAAUACUUAGUGACAAUAUUGAAAAGGAAUUAGAGAAGAAAUUUCCGGGUAUAAAAUUCAUGAAUUAUAAUUAUAAUAAUUAUCGUCAAUUAAGGAUAACAUUGAAUUAUGAUUUUGUUAAUUAA